AUGGAUGUUCUUUGCGUCUCAAGAAACCUGUAUACGAUUCUUGCUCUUGUCCUUCUUCUAUCAAUCACACCUUUGUCUUCAUCUUUUUCUCCGAGUGACAAAGUCACAAAGGAUUUAGUUAACCAACUCUGCUCAAAACCAACAAUUACCAAACAUAUCUGCGUUCCUUGGCUGACCUCUGAUCCAACAACCUUCACACAAGACUUGACUGGUCUUGUCGAUUUGGUCCUCCAAAGAACGCAGCUGUUUGCCUACAAGAACCUAGCGACGAUGAAAGGCUUGGCGAGAACAACGACUGAUCCGACGCUCAAGGCCCCGUACGGAACUUGUGUGACGGGUUAUGAAUUAGCCAUUAAAAAGAUCGAGGAAGCUCAAGGGCUUGCGGUCUCCAACUCGUACCGGUUUGCUUCUCAGACAGCUUAUAGAGCCCUUUUUAGUAUAGCCUCGUGCGUGAGUGAGCUUGGAGGACGGAACAAUGUGCCGGCUUAUGUUCAGCAACGCAAUUUGCUGUUUGUAAGAAUGUGUACCAUUGUUAGUGUUUUCUCCAACGUGUUAGCGUCUUGA